GCGGCCGGAGCUGGGCUGGGGCCCGGGCCGAGCCCGCCGAGCCCCGCCGGGCCUGAGGCGGCGGCGAUGGGCGGCGGGCGCUGAUCCCGCCCCGCUCCUGCAGCCAGGCGCCCGCCAUGGAGGAGGAGAGCAUGGAAGAGGAAGGCGGCGGCGAGGCCAUGAUGGACGACCAGAACCACAACAACUGGGGCGCGGGCGGUUACGGGCGGCACCUGCUCGGCGAGCGGCUGCUGCCGCCGGCCGGGCCGCCGCGCCCCGCGGGGCCCGAGCACAACGGAGCGGGGCUGCGGGGCUGCGAGCCGGGGACUGCCGCCGGCAGGGUGGGGGCGGCCGGGGCCAUCGCCGCCAUCAACAUCAGCGCCUCGACCUCCAAGUUCCUAAUGAAUGUUAUAACAAUUGAAGACUAUAAGAGCACAUAUUGGCCAAAGUUGGACAGUGCCAUAGAUCAGCUUUUAACUCAGAGUCCUGGUGACUACAUCCCUAUCUCCUAUGAACAAAUAUACAGUUGUGUGUAUAAGUGUGUAUGCCAGCAGCAUUCGGAACAGAUGUAUAGUGACCUAAUAAAAAAGAUAACUAACCACUUAGAGAGAGUCUCAAAGGAGCUGCAGGCCAGCCCUCCAGAUCUCUAUAUUGAAAGAUUUAACGUAGCUCUUGGACAGUAUAUGGGAGCAUUGCAGAGCAUUGUGCCUCUUUUCAUAUAUAUGAAUAAAUUUUACAUAGAAACCAAGCUAAACAGAGACUUAAAAGAUGACCUUAUAAAGCUGUUUACGGAACAUGUUGCAGAAAAGCACAUUUACAACCUAAUGCCUUUACUUUUGGAAGCUCAGUCAACACCGUUUCAAAUAACUCCUUCAACCAUGGCAAAUAUUGUGAAAGGCCUGUAUACACUACGACCAGAAUGGGUACAGAUGGCACCAGCUUUAUUUUCUAAAUUCAUCCCAAAUAUUCUACCCCCUGCUGUGGAAUCUGAGCUUCAGGAAUAUGCUGCUCAAGACCAGAAACUUCAAAGAGAGCUUAUUCAGAAUGGAUUUACUAGAGGUGACCAGUCACGCAAGAGAGCUGGAGAAGAGUUAACUUACAAUGGCUCAUCAGCUUGUGCAAGCUCCAGGGGAUACAGAUAGUGAAUAUACUGGAUCAGCUUCUAUUCCUAGCCAGAACAGACACUGGAGGAGCACAGGUGAUAUCUGGAGCCUCCUUUGGCAACUGCUGAUACUCAAGCUCUGACACAAACUAUGCCUCAAAGAAGAGUUUUGGACUUUCUUCUUUAUAUUUUAAAAUGUCAGUUGCUGCUACAGUUGGAAUGACUUUGAAAGACAAAUUCCUUGGUCUGGUCUAUCAACAGGCUCUUCUUCUGUGACCUUUGUGAGGAAUGCACCUUGAAAAACAAUUCUUUCAAAGUGGGAAUGGGCAGCCAAAAUCAGCAGCUUCCAAAAGCAUUAGAAUGGAAGAAUCCUUUUUGCACUCUUUUCUUACUAUUAAGGACAUUCUUAAAACUAGUUAACAUGUCAGUGUAUUAGAUUUUAAACUUCAAGUUAUUUUCUGGAGCUUCUACUUAAAUAAUAAGAAUAAAGUUUCAUUAUUUUGCA